AACACAACAGAGUCUAAGCGAUGCCAUCCGAAGGUGUUGAAGUGUUUUCGAAUCCCCUGGCUCCUCCGUCCUCUUCGGGCUCCUACACAUCUCAUCAUGGCGGAGGGGUGUCUGCAGCUGCUUUGACGAAUGAAGAUUUUCGUAAACUUUUGAUGACCCCUCGUUCUGGGGUGCCAUCUGUAGCUCCACCGUCGACAAAGUCAUCAAGUCACAGCAGUAAAAGUGUACCAAGCAGUAUCUAUUCACAUCGUAGCAGUAGAGAUGAUGAUGAUGAUGAUGAUGGUGACGUUGAAGGAGAUGAUGAUGAUCCUUGGUCAAGAAGGAGGAAAAAGAAGAAAUAUUAUGCAAAACUCAAGAAGAUGGAGGAGGAAAGAGAGCAGGAGCUUGCAAGUAAAUACAGAGAUAGAGCAAGGGAACGACGAGAUGGUCUUAAUCCUGACUACCAAUCAACAGACACCCUAAGUGCAACAGCCAAUUACAGAGCAGUUGGUCCCACAGCAGAGGCAACGAACACUGCAGCAGAGCGCCGUCGCCAAGCUAUCCAGGAGAGUAAGUUUCUUGGUGGUGACAUGGAGCACACUCAUCUUGUGAAAGGCCUUGACUUUGCCUUGUUACAGAAGGUUCGUAGUGAAAUUGCAGAGGAAGAUGAGGAAAAUGAGGAGCUGAGUGUUAAAAAACCAAAAAACAAACAAAGGGACAAGGAAGAAGAAGAUGAUGCAAAUGAGAUUGAGUUUACUACAAAACUGGGUCAAAAGAUCUACAAAUCCCUGUUCAGAAAUCGCCCAGCAGAUAGAAAUGAACUAUUUCAGCCAGGGCGAAUGGCAUAUGUGUUUGACAUUGAAGAUGAAUAUGCUGAAAGUGAUAUACCCACAACUCUUAUUAGGAGUAAAGCAGAUUGCCCUGGAAUUGAAACUCAAGCUACACUCACUACCAAUGACAUUGUCAUCAACAAAUUGACCCAGAUUUUGUUGUACUUACGCCAAGGCACCAGAGGAGGGAAAAAGAUCAAGAAGAAAGAUAAAGCAAAGGAGAAGGACAAGAAUGACAAACAAGGACAGAGGAUACGCGCUCCUGAAGCUGAUGAUAGCAUCUUUGGAGAAAUUGGUGAGUAUGAUCCUACUGCAAGCACAAAAGAAUAUGAAAAGAAAGAAAAGGCAAAAGAAAAAGACAGAAAGAAAUCCAGGAACUCUAGCAGCUACUUUGAGAAGUCGGCAGCAGGAGAGGAUGAGCAACAGUUUAGUAAAAAAGAUGUUUCUGCUGAAGAUUUUGCUAAGUCAGUCACACAGACAUUUGGCAAAAGGGAAAUGGAACAAAGAGCUGCUUGGGAUUCAGUUGAUCCAAAACGAAAGAAAAGAGACAAACAUGCACGUAAAGUGAAAGAUGCCAAUUACAUUCCAGAUAGCUACUCAGAGUGUUACCCGGGUGCCGUUGAUGUGCCCUAUGACAGUGAUGAGGAGGCAGAUUACAGUAAAAUGGAUUUGGGUAACAAGAAAGGUCCUAUUAAAAGAUGGGACUUUGAGACAGAAGAGGAUUAUCACAGCUAUAUGGAAAGUAGGGAAGCUCUUCCAAAGGCUGCCUUUCAGUUUGGAAUUAAGAUGUCAGAAGGACGCAAAACACGGCGUGCUGGACCCAAAGAUGAGAAGGCUAAAUUAGACAGGGACUGGCAAAAAAUCAGUCAGAUGUUGAGUAAAAGGAAAGGAGAGGAAGGGAAAGGAGACUCGGAUGGCAAGAGAAGAAAGCACAGGGAUUAAGCAAGUUGUAAAUUUGGAAGCAUCAAGUGCUUAGAUUUUUUAUUGUGCUCUUCAUGUAACACACUCUUGACUGCCCCUUCAUUACAGUGUAGAAAGUCUAUAUUAAUUAACUUCGUAAAAUAGAACUUUUGGAUUGUAAAAGUUUAAACUUUGAUUAAAAUUUCUAUGUAAAGUUGUGAUGAGAAUCUGGUAGUGAUCAACUUGAAGGUAAUGCCAAAACAAAAACAACCCAUCAGCAGAUAAAGUUGUUGAUUUUCAUCAUCUGUUUUCAAUGCAACUUAUUAAAAUCCUAAGGAGAAGUUAAAUGCUGUUUGGAAAUAGGGGAUAAGCUUGCGAGGAGAUAGUUUGUGGGAGUUCACCAUGUUAUGUGGUGCAACUGAAAGUGUUGGUAAAGAGAAGAACUGUUCAGUUUAGAUUCAGUGCUAGGCCAUUCUUAGCUGAUAGUUUACACUGAAGCAACUCCUUGUAGUCUUUGCAAUGUCACAGCUCUCCAAGCUGUGUGAUGGUUUAAGUCACCAUGGAGAGCAUAAAAAUUGUUGGUGGGUAGAUUUUCUGCAAAAGUUACCAAUUUGAAGACCUGAUUUCCCUACAUUGUAGUAAUCGUAGCUCUCAGUUAAAGUAAGAUAAAUCCAUGUUAAACGUAAUGUUUCAAAGAAAAUUCCAUUAAACUUUCUGUUUUCAAAGACAAGCAGUGUGGCUAGCAGUCCAGCAUGUCAAGCACUAUUUCACAAUUUUUUUCUCAGGUGGCAAAAAUUUUUUUGUCAAAAAAUGGUGACUUUGAAAGGUGCUGAGCCUGGAGUUCUGUGUCCUUUUGUAAUAUUACAGAUAGUGCAUUAUGUUGGGUACUGCAAUAUUAUAAUAAAGUUUGACUGAAAUUA